UUAUAUAUUCACUCUGCUCUGAACCUCUGCCGUCGACCACUGUACACCCAACUUAACUUGAACGUCAACAUUAAAAUUUCGUGAUAUCUGUUUCCACUUUUCUUGUAGCAUUUCAGUUCGUGCUUAGAUUUGCAUAAAAUACGUAAAAACAUCCAAUAAUGCCGGAAGCACCUGCUCGAAAUUCCCUGGAUAGUUUCUUAAAUGCUAUUGAUGCUGUCAUCGAUGGCCCCGUUACCUGGUUCCGAGAAACAAUCGUUGAGCCGAAUCGCAAAAAUUAUGCAUGGUAUCACCAGAAGUUCCGCCGGGUGCCAACCGUUGACAAGUGCUACACCGAUGAUGCGGUGUGUUUCUUCGAGGCUAACAACCAAUUCAAGCGGGAUAAGCUUGUCGACAGCGAGAUCCUAAACAUCCUGCGCCAACGGUUUGAAGACUGUGUCCUGUAUGAACAACCGGAUCACAUGAGAAAAUGUCGCCCGUUAAUGGAUGUGUACGAGAAAGCAGCUGAAAACUGGUUUAUUAAAUACGGUGAUCUUGGAGGCUACGCUAACGCUAAGUCUUGCUACAUGAAGCAGAAGCAUCGUAUGGUUUGGGAAAGACGCCACGGCCCGGUCGGUUCUGGAAUGAAGCACUCGGAUGAUACCACCGAUGAACAUUGAAGUCACUUUGUGUGAGUGUGUGGUUCAAUACGAGCCCACAUUGGUGGAGAAUAGUAGAGUUGGUAACGAUCGCAUUGAAAUUCUGUAAAUAAAAUAAAAACUGAA